AUGACAGAAGUGACAAUCACUUUCAGUAUCCGGCAGAAGAGGGUGCAAAGAAUUCUCGGAGACUCAGUCCAUGGGAAUGCGGUGCAAGGUCUGGCUACUGGCACCCCACUCUAUAGUGUAGCGGUGCAAGGCACUAUGGUUGGAAGGAUUACUUGUAGACCAAGGAGUUGGAGGUUUGGUACCUGGAAUGUAGGCACGUUGACAGGAAGGAGUUUGAAAGUGGUGGAGGAGUUGCAGGAAGAAUGGUUGACGUGGCUGCAUUACAGGAGAUCAGAUGGAAGGGAGAGGGUACAAAGUUUGUGGGGGCUAAAGGCGGAAGGUAUAAGUUGUGGUACGGGAGGAGUAGGUGUGAUGGUAAGAAAAGAGAAGGAAGAGGAGAAGGAUAGGUUUUAUGAUGAUGUUUCUGACGAGAUUGGGCAAGCGGGGUUGGAUGAGUUUGUGGUGUUGUUGAGUGAUUUGAAUGAUCAUGUGUGGGCGGAUGAAGACGGAUAUGAAAGUGUACAUGGGGGAUGGGGAUAUGGUAUACGGAAUGAGGAAGAGCUUAGAGUGUUGGAGUUAGUGGAUGCAAUAGCAUGGUGGUGGGGACUAUCUGGUUUACAAGGGAACCAGCACGAUUAA